UUUGUACGCCGUACUAAUCAGUGCCUCACUCAUUUAGACACAGAUACAGUAGCAUUUACAGCGAAAAUGACCGAAGUAAUUGUUGUUUAAAACGAUCGCACUUUUGUGUCAAGGAUAAAGUGAAUAUUGUCACAAUAACGAACAGAUGCGCAUAAGUUUUUUCAAGAUUGUAGAGACGCGAUACGCACUUGCGCACUGGGAGCGGGCACUAUAACUUCGAAUCAAGACCCUUAUUGACUCGAGAAAAGAAAAUUCGUAACAAUGGCACCCGCACAACAGAAUGUUGAAGUUUGCGACGAGUCUCUGCAUCCAGAAAUCAAAAUGAGAAUCGCCUACAGGAAUAAAAAUGAAGUGGAACAUUGCGAGAAUAACAACUCAGUUUUACCAGCCAGUGAAAAAGUGAAUAGUGAAACAGAAUUUAACAUAGAAGAAUAUGAGGCUAUGGACUUUGUAGCACAAAUCAGAUGGCCAGACCUCAUGGCCCAAGUGUCUCUGCAUUUAGUCUCAUUAUACGGAUUGUACCUGAUUUUUACCUGCCAAGUUAUGGUCUACACAUUAAUAUUUGUAAUCUGCACGAUCUACACGUCUGGGUUUGGUAUCACGGCGGGCGUGCACAGGCUGUGGUCACACCGAGCGUACCGCGCGAAGACCCCGCUGCGGAUCCUACUCGCCUUCCUCUUCACCAUUACAGGACAGCGAGACAUCUACACGUGGGCGUUAGACCACCGCGUGCACCACAAGUACGCGGAGACUGUGGCGGAUCCGCACGACGUGCGACGUGGGUUCUGGUUUGCGCACGUCGGUUGGCUGGUGCUCACGCCGCACCCCGCGGUAGAGAACCGACGCGUCGCCCUCCGCGCCGCCUCGCCCGACCUCAUGGCCGACCCCGUCGUCAGGAUACAGAGCUUGACAUACAUUCCAUUAUUUGUGAUACUGAAUGUGAUACUACCGGUGUGGAUACCCAUGCACUUCUGGGGGGAGUCCCUGGUCAACAGCUUCGUUAUCAGCUUCGUCUUGAGGUUUACCAUCACGCUCAACAUCGCCUUCUGCGUGAACAGUGUUGCUCAUCUGUGGGGCAACAAGCCUUAUGACAGGUUCAUCAAGUCAGUGGAAAGCAAGAUGGUGAGUCUGGCGGCGUUGGGUGAGGGCUGGCACAACUACCACCACGUGUUCCCCUGGGACUACCGCACGUCCGAGCUGGGCCGUGUCAACCUCUCCACCGGGUUCAUUGACCUCUUCGCCAAACUCGGAUGGGCUUAUGACCUGAAAGCCGCUUCCCCAAGCAUGAUCCUCAGCAGGGCGAAGCGCACCGGAGACGGGACCCUGGGAGAGAUGGAGGAACCCGACCCUACUAUUAAGGAUUUCAAUGAAUGAUCCUGUUAUUUGUAUCUGUUUACUGACAUAAUUGUAUAUCUAUUAAACUACUGCCCUAACACCAGUGUUUCCUAACUAUGGAUAGCUUGAUCAAUAAUUCGAUCUUGAAAAACAGUUACGAUUUUUCAAAGUCAAAUUAUUCGAUGAUUUCUCUGGCAGACGUUUUCUUAAUGAUUUAUCACACGAAAUUUCGAGUGUCUUUACAUAUUAGGUAUAAUUUAUAUUAUAAAAUUAUUGUAUUUGAUAAUUGAAUAAAUUAAAAAAAAAUUACGAAGUGUGACCUUGAAAUAUCGCCCUUACGGUAUGAAUAUCAUUGUUACUUCCAAGGUCACGAUAUUGCCGGUAGUCGAAACUAUUUCGCUAAUAGUGGAAUAACAUAAACCGAAUUAUGUUGACGAAACUUAUACCAACUACGGGCGCAUUUUAAUCUAAAGCUCACUCAGAGGCAGUUACUAGUUACCGGGACUGUUCUAGAUGCUGGAUUUUUUUUUUCACGCCCAAUGAAUAUGGUAGUGUAAAAUGGCCUUUACUCUUGCUUCCCGCCCUGAAACGUUCCCAGUAUAGCUACAGCCUCUGUGUGCAUUAAGCUUUAAAGAAGUUAAUUUAUUUUAUUAUUAUAACAUAAAACGGGUAAACAAACAAAAACUAUCCUAUUUAAAUAAAUACUAUUUUUGAUGUUCUAUAUCUAGUUCGUACCUACACCCGUUAAAGUCAUUUUAUAUUAAAUUACACAAUAUUACAUAGGCAGCCUAUAUAUAUACGUCCCUCUACUGGGCACAGGCGUCAACAUAACAUUUUGUCGACAUUGUUAUGAAUAAAUUGUGACUCUUUAAAUGUAGGUACUUACUUAACUAAUGAAUAAAUUAAAUAAUAUGUUUUAUGUUGGUACCUAAGUAUAAUUAUUAUGUUACGCUGUCACUCAGUAUCACUGUUUUUAUAGUUUAUUUAUUCAAUUUUAUUCAUGAAAAAAAAACCGCUAGGUAGACAUUUCGAUACAAUUCCGCCGACCAAAAGUUUUUUGUAUUGAAGCCGGAAAUAUAUUUCGAAAAACCAUUCAUCGAUAGUUGACAUUUUAUAAGAUUUAUAUAAAAACAGAUUUUAAAAACAUUUAUGUAUUAUUGAUGAAAUAUAAUUAAAGAGCGAAAUAUUUGAUAAAAAUAUAUAUUCCUACUUAUAUUAUUAAAUUAUUAUAUAAUAAUAAUAAACGACAAAUUGACCAAUACACUAAUAUUAUGUACAAUUUUACCAUGAAAAAUAUAAUAUGAAUUAUUGCAAUUUAUAAAUUAUAAACUACUUAUAAUAUAAAAUACUGUGAUUGAUAACAAUAACAAAUAACUAAUAAUAUAAAAGCAGAAUAAUAUCGAUUUAUUGAACAAAAAUAACAAAUUAAUUGGGGAAUAGGUAUAUUAAUUUUGUUUUGUUAUUUUACAGAAUGCCAAUCAUAAUAAUGGGGGUCGCUUUUUGUGAAUUGUUGUUAUUUAAGAUUGUGUUAUUUUUAUUUUAUUUAGGGCUUGUUAAAUUACUUGCUGAUAAGUGUCUGAUAGCUUAGACGUAUAAAUAAUCCGCCUGAUAGAGACAGUUUAUCAGAAAAUAGUGAGACAAAAACCUGCCUUUUCGCUUGCACGUUAUAUCAUCAUCCAACCCAACUACAACAGCAUUAUCGCGUUUUUCACAGGGUCCGCUUACCUAACCUGAAGAUUUGACAGAUCCGGUUUUUUACAGAAGCGGCUGCCUGUCUGACCUUCCAACCCGCGAAGGGAAAACCAGCUCAAUACAGAGCACUAUAUAAAUAUACAAUACCUCCGAAAAUGCAUUUCCCGAGAAUGUGGGUUUCCUGACGAUGUUUUCCUUCACCGCUGAGCACGUGAUGAUCAUUUAUGAUCCAAACAUGAAUUCGAUAACAAAUUCGACAUUCAUUGGUUUUGGCCUGAGCUGGAUUUAAACUGCGACCUCAAAGCACGCGGCUUGUACGUUAUAUGAAAAUCCUUAAUAGAUGCCUCUGUAUGUACGUCAUUGGGUACAUCAUUAAACUAAUAAUUAUCCGUCAAUGACAUUGACGGAUAAUAUACCUGUUUUACCUGAAAUUAAAACAGUUAUUAUAUGCGGAAACCUUAUUCGAGACCUAUAUAGUGAGAUAGCAUCGCCUUCGAUUACCUACAAACAGCCCCUUACGUUCCCCUCCACGUGAAGUGUCAGCUGUCAAACUCGUUUUAGAGUGGAGGUGGAAAAACUUGCUACCGGGCUUGCGCUCGCGCAGUCUCGUCACAUUGCAUCUCACUGUAGUGGCCAAAUGAAAUAUUUUGGAUACCAGGCAGGAAUGUAAAUAUAGGUCUCGAAUAAGGUUUCCGCAUAUAAUAACUGUUUUAAUUUCAGGUAAAACAGGUAUAUUAUAUGCUAUGAACCGUUAUUCGAGACCUAUAUAGUGAGAUGUGUUUGUUAUCGCCUGGUGGCAAGUGUUACUCAUAUGAUAUUGUUAUAAAUGAUGCCAAUGUGGAAUUGAUCCCUGGGAAAUCAAAUAAAAGAUAAAUGAAUAAUGAACAAAAGUAUAAUGUUGUGUUUCAAUUACUCUAAUUAACUUACAAAUCAACUAUAAGUAUAUUUUAAAGUGACCUCUUUUAGUCGAAACAAACUGUUAAAGUAAUUAUAAAUACAGCUCUAUUCGCUGUAUACCUAAGUAUGUACGUACAUACACGGAUUAUACAUAACUUAAUCAUAUAGCUUCAAAAUGCCUAGAUAAAUUAUUUUGAUUGGAAUUUACAUCCGAACGAACUUCGGAAGAAUAAUAACGCGCAAAAGUGUUAGGACUACGCCAAUUACCCUUAGCCAUGACCUGAUCAAUGGUACAGUGUUCCAGCCAGUUGAGCGAGGCUACCGCGCUUCGCGUGCUGCCGGCGCUGGUGUGCACUCCGGCCUCGCUCAGCAGGGUUUUAACCCAACCCCCAAUCAUCGUCCUGGAGGCAGCACGUACUGUUCCCGUACACGAUAUAAAAAGUUCAGUAAUAGCGCUUUGACACCGUCGUUGGUUAGACAUGUUGACUAAAUUAAUUAUGUGGAAUACUGGACAAAUAUUAUCAUUAUCCGCUUUCUCCAGCUUCCAUGACGAUUGUCUAUGAACAUAGCUGUCAGUCUUAGAUCCAAAAACGGGGUGCAAUAUGAUGUGAUCAGAAUUAUUUUGGAAAUGAUUGCUAUCAAUAUGCAAUAGAGUAAGAUCAUGUACUCGCCGGCUGGAUGCCAAUAAUAGGAUGAGAGCUGUCCGCUGGGAUAGUUUAAAUAGCGUAUUACUUGUUAAUGGAUUAGCAUUUAGCCACUCUACAACAACCCUCGGGUCCCAAAUUUGUUGUUUACAUUUCCUGUCACAGUUAGUUAGUGAAAUAGAUUUAAGUAUUCUCUUUACAAUAGGAUCGUUGCUAAUUGACUCUGACCUUGGUGUCGAUAAUGUAGCUAUUGCGGAUUUGUACACCAAGAUUGUUCUAUAAGAGAGCUUUAAAUCUAGAUGAAGAUAGGCUAGAUAUUUAGCUAACUGUGCCCCUGUUGGCUCAAGGUAAUUAAAAUUCUUAACUCUGCACCAAGACUGCCAUUUAGACCAAAUAGGCUCGUAUACUUUUUUCGUAGAUGGUCUCCAACUUGCAUUCAAUAAAUUGAUCUCGUCCUGAGACCAGUUCUCAAGUUGUUGAUUCCACCCUUCACUAACCAAGCCUCGAGGCACAUCUGAUCUACUAGGGCUGGCGGCCUCCCGGUCCUUGUGUCCUUCAAUCUGUGUCGCAGGUUGGUAAUUGUAAUGGGGGCUCUCACCGCUAUCCUCUUCAGAUCCGGCCGCCAAUACACUUUGUGCCACCGUGGAGCUAUUAUUGUGUACAUUCCUCUGGCCUUGUUGAGGUGUGCUAACACUCUGGGCAUGAGAUGCGGAGGAGGAAAUACCCAAGCUUUGAGAUAAUCCCAAUCUUCGCUGAACGCGUCGUGAAAUUCUGCGUUCAAGUCGCUGAAGUCUCGUGACACGUAUCUUGAGAGUACGUGCGCAUUUUUGGAGGCGAACAAGUCGAUAUGAGGUUGACCGAAUCGAUCGAAUAUUUCCUGACAGGCUUCUUGGGUGAGUGACCAUUCCCCUUGAACUUUCCGUCUGGAUAACCGGUCUGCUUCUAUGUUGAACUGUCCUGGGAUGUACUGCGGCACUAUUCGAAUAUUGUUCUUGUCCAGCAGUUGAAAGAGCGCGAUUGUCAAGUGGUACAAACUUUUUGAUCGUAAACCUCCCUCGUUUUUUAUAUAAGUCACGACGCUCUUGUUGUCGGACUGUAGAAGUAUUGAGGCAUUCUUCAGAUGGUGAUGAGAGUUUCGAAUCGUCUGAAUGAUUGCCCACAUUUCUUUUAAAUUGCUGUGCCAUCUCUGUUGUUCCGAGAGCCAUAUGCCACUGAGGGGAUUGCCAUCCAGAACAGCUCCCCAACCUUUUGCUGACGCAUCUGUCGUUAGGAAAUGAUCCGUAGUCUGACGAUGAAUCGAGGUGCAUGAUGUGAGAGCAUCGACCCACCAGCUCAUUUCGAUCGAUGCUAAACGAUCUAAUGGGAAUUUUCUUUGCGGUUUGGCUUUUGUGAGAAGAGCACUGGCCAUUUGUAUAGGGCGGCAAUGAAGCCGACCUCUGUGCACCACAAACGAUGCGAAAUUUAACAUUCCCAUUAUCCUCUGAGCGUCUUUGAGGCACCACUGGCGGGAUUUCAAAACUGACAGCAGUUUGGAUCUCAUUUUUUGAACUUUUUCUACAGGAAGGUAUUUGGAAUUCGUGCUGAGAUUCCAUGUAAUUCCCAAGUAGUCCAAGCAUCUGGUCGGGGUGAGCACAGAUUUGGGAUAGUUGAUUGUUAGACCGAGACGUGUUAGAAUCUCUAUGGCUUCCGCAGCCUGACUUUCUAGUAUAUGUCGGUCUUGAUUUACAAUCAAAUAAUCGUCCAGAUAUACAAUGACCCUCAGACCUUUUUGGCGCAAGAGCUGGGCCACCCAAUUGGACAUUGUCGAGAACGCCUUGGGUGCCGAAGACAGCCCGAAGGGUAGACAAGUCAUUUGUAACAGCUCCAGGGUUGAUUCCGUCUUGUAAAGCACUCUGAGGAAAGAUUGAUGAGAUUUGGCGAUAGGCACGUGGAAAUAAGCCUGCGUCAAAUCUAUUUUCACUGCCCAGUCUCCCUCCUGUAAAAAAUCUGGUAUUUUUUGGAUGUUUAUAAGUCGAAAUUUGAAGUGUGCCAGGUAAUUGUUCAGCAUCUUUAAAUUGAAUAUCGGCCGGUCGCUUAGAUUCGACUUUUUGACUAAGAACAUUGGACAUAUAAAACUGGGUGUGUUUGGAGCAGGAAUUAGUAUUUUUUGCCUUUUCAGAUCUAAAAUCUGUUUUGUCAUUUCUGGGCUGGUAGGUGUCUGAUAGCGUCUUAAUAGAAUUGGGUCUACUAAUGGCGGUCGUCUCAUGAAGGGUAUCCGAUAGCCUGAAAUUAUUUUUAAUAUGUGAUCUGGGGCGUUGAAGCCUUUCCAAACAUUUAUAUAUUUUUUUAAACGUCCGCCAGAAAAACCGCUUUGUAUAUAGUCAUUUUUGAAAACGAUUUUGAUUUUGCUUACGAUUAUUAUUAGUAAAUCCUUUCUCAGUCUGCUUAUUUCCUGAUUUUUUACUCUGAUUUUGGUUUCUGCAACCUUUUGACGAUGAGCCACGAUAACCAGUAGAGGUUGAGGGCUGGUUAACUAUCUCUUGUUCUGGCUUAUGUGCCGAUCGCCGAAAUCGUUUAGGUUGAGAACUUUCAUUUCUAUUCCGCAUAGACAUUAUAGGCUCUUCUGCAGAGCGUUUAUAUCCAGAAAAUACCCUGUUUGUGCCUCCUGCUUUCUGUAAGAAAACGCUUAACAUAUCUGGGUUAAACAAUUGAGAAUUUGUGGGAGGUAUUUUUCGUAAAUCUUCCUUGAUAAAACGAUCUUUUACGCCUGAAAGUAUACUGUCACGGCGUUUUUGUAUUACGUCGGCACGUCUCCCACACACUAACUGAAGCAAAUCCUCCGAAACUUUCAUAAAUGAGGAUUUCUCAGAAAAUAAUCCAUUUAUUUUCUCAAAAAGUGUGUCACUAUUUAAUACAUUAUCAGUAUGUGCCCAUUGUAUAAGAUCUUGCAAGCUUCUUUUAAAGCAUUCAUUCUGUUGAAUAAGAGCGUGAGUCAUAGCUCCCAAAGAUCUAUCUAAAGACUUUAACCACGUAGAAUGAGGAUCAUAAUAGCGUAAUUCGGUAUUAACGUCCACUUCGUAAAAGCCAGGCUUAGCAAGAUAUUUCUUCUCGGUAUCAAUGUAUCGAACUCUUUCCCACUCAUUAGAAUCAAAGUGAUGUAAUUUAUUUAGCAAAGCAACUCUUUUUUCAGUAGCAUUCUCCACGUUGGGUUCUUUUAAAUUAGUAUUCACAGUAAAAUCAAAAGUCUUGCUAGACUGUGGCUUUUCGAAAAGCGGUUCGUUGGUAUUUAAUGAACUCCUCAACUCUUCAGUCGGAUGCAAUGAUAUUUCUGAAUCGGAAUAAUUCGAUCCUUGUGCAAUACAAGGGUUAGAAUCCUUGCUGCGUAAAUAAUUCAGUAUUUCACUUACUUGAUUCGAUAAAUCCUGCAGUUUCCUGUCAUUACGACCACGUGGUUGUUUUCGCUCUCGGGGGCGAGAACUACGCCGUGUAGGCUCCGAACUAGACGACGACGACGUUGACGAUGAGCUGCUACUACUACUCGUGGAUCUGCUUCUUCUAUGCCCGUUUGGGCUUGGACUUUUACCCAUUUUUAGCUAGUUCUUCUGCAAAACCAACGCUAAAAAAUCUCUUCCGCAGAGACAAAAUUAAUAAAUACACUGUUUACUGAAAAACAAAUUUUUAAAAAUUUAACGGAAAAAAGGAAAUUUAAAUUUAUUAUUAAGUAUUAUUUUUUUUUUAUCGAACAGCAACGCUGUUUUCUAAGGGGUGUUCGCUCGACGAAAGUCGAUGCCAAUGUGACGAGACUGCGCGAGCGCAAGCCCGGUAGCAAGUUUUUCCACCUCCACUCUAAAACGAGUUUGACAGCUGACACUUCACGUGGAGGGGAACGUAAGGGGCUGUUUGUAGGUAAUCGAAGGCGAUGCUAUCUCACUAUAUAGGUCUCGAAUAACGGUUCAUAGCAUAUAAUUAUUAGUUUAAUCAUGAUAGUUUCGUCGAAGAAUAUGACUCUGAACGUCCUGAACUAAGUUUUCCAUAAUAAUCAGUCUAGUUUAACUCUGAGUGUGUUGAGGCGACGAUGAGCGAAGUACAAAGUAAAACUUAAAAACGAGUAAGUAAACUAAAAAUUGAUCCUUUAGCAAAAAUACAUGUAGAAAGUUGGGAUACUUUCACUGCACUUGGAAUCGCACGAGCAUUAGCUAAAAACGAGAAACUCGGGGAGUUCUUUCAUACCUGAUAAGUAGACAAGACAGAAACUCCAAAAUUGUGUACAGUGGACUUAGUUCUGGGUGUCUCAUGAACUGAAAGUUCACAUAAAAUCUGCCAUCAUUAUCCUUAGCGCCAUGACGUCAAGCAUACCAAAACAAUGAACUGCGAAUAUAAUAAUAGGUACGUUAGAUAAAAUCCAAUAAUAAUAUUUGUCAUACGAAUACAUCGUGUUAUCAGCGUAUUUCAUGUUAAUCUAGGAUUUUUACAAAGCAGUGAGGUUGGUGAUACAUAUUGAAUAUGCCCGGAUAAAGCAACACGUUACACAGACAGAUAAACGUACCUACGUAUGUAUAUAUUACACCAAAUUAAAUGUAUUACUAUCAUAUUCUGCAAAUAUAUUUCACGCAAUAUAAUGAAAUGGUUAUUUUCGUAAUCAUAAUUUAUGUAUUGAAAUUAAUAUUUAUUAUUAUAUUUCUAGUACAAAAUUACUUUUAAAAUGAUUUAAGAUUGUAUAUUAUUUUGUUUAAAUACUUAUUACUCUGGCUACGAUUAGGUACAUAAAUAUAAGUGUUUUUAAUCUCUUAAAUUGUUACAAAAUAAUAUAAUAUCUCCUUAUUUAUUCCCACAAAAGAAACAUUUAAUUUUAGAAUUCUAAUGUUUACUGGUAAUUACUGUACUUAUAUAUAUACUUAAAUAGUAAAUAAACUAUACGUUUUCGAGCGGCAAUGCACGUCAGGUUUUUCAUGUACUUAGGGGUUUAAAAAGGCCACAUUAAAGCAAUAUUGUAAUUUGACAUUUGCGCAUAUAUAACUAAGUGUGCAAUGUCAACAAACAAACGUCGAAUAGCAACGUUGCUGUUUAAUAUGAAUUGCUUCAAUGUGACGUUUUUAGACCUCCUUAGUUUCCGGAUCAAGAAUCUGAUUUGACAUCAUUAACCCACUUCAAAAAAGAGAGGAGGUUCUCAAUUCGUUGGUAUCUUUUUUUAUGUAUAUUCCCUGAUUACUCGAAGACGCCUGAACCGAUUCGUUUGAACACACGGUGUAUUGCCGCGCUUAGAAUCACUAAUGUUUCGCAACUGUCUCAUGCAAUGAAAAACAAUAUAUAUAUUACAUAUAUUUUCAUAUAAAAUUGUCGAAUGCGUUACUUACAUAAAUUAAUGUUUGGUACAAUACCGUGUGUUAUGCAUAAUUAUUUAAAUGAAUAUAUUAAGUCGUCUUUGCUGAUUACAAAUAUAUGCUGUUAUUUUCACUGAUACA